AUGAAAAAAUUUGUUGAUUUCAACGCUGAAAAGAGAGCCGGUUCUACCAACGACUUCUACAGGAACAUAUACAAACUAAUGAACAAUGCCAACUACGGUAGAUUGUUGAUGAACAAACGGAACCAUCGUGAUGUCAGGAUAGUAACCAAAGACAGUCUCCUUCAAAAGCUGAUCCGCAACCCUCAAUUUUCCGAACAUGUAAUAGUAGCGCCAAACGUUGUGCUUGUUUAUAUGCAAAGGAAGUCUGUCUUGUUGAACGCCCCAAUUUAUGCCGGAAUGUGUGUUCUAGACAUAGCAAAAACACACAUGAAUAGGUUCUAUUAUGAUGUGCUGUGUACUCAUAUUGACAAGUUACGCUUAUGUUACACAGACACAGACUCACUUCUGAUACACCUGACCUCGGACCGUGACAUAUUCGAUCUCUUGCGUCCGAUAGCAUCAACACAUUUGGAUCUGUCUGUAUAUCCGGAUGCUCACCCACUUAAAGACGAUACAAAAAAAGGUCGGAUUGGUUGUUUUAAAGAUGAAGCUCGUGACGGGAAACAGAUCCAAGAGUUUGUCGGGUUACGUGCCAAAAUGUACGUAUAUCGUUACGGGUCGGACGAAAAAGAAGUAAAGUUCACUUCUAUGAAAGCGAAAGGUAUAAAGUCUUCAUAUGUGAAACAUAACCUCACGUUCGAAGACUACAAGAGGACACUGUUUGACGGCACGGAGCCUGAGAAAGCAGAAUUUAACCAGAUACAAAGCCGGCUAUUUAGGAUAACAACCAAAACAGUAGUGAAACGAUCUCUGUCUGCUGCCGACGACAAGAGAGUAAUCAACAAUGACCGAAUCAAUACGAUGCCCUAUGGGCAUUAUAAACUUAGGACCAUCGCGGAAGAACCUACCGCUGAGGAGGACAGCAAUGAAAACAAUGACAAUGACAUUAUAUGA